AGCUCACCACAACUGCAGACACUUGUGUGUGGCGGACUGGCAAGGGGUAGCUUUUCUACAGGGCAGGAAGGAUAUAGACAGAGUGAGAGUAAUUCAUCUCUGUGUGUUUCAAGGACAGCUACACCACUAGUGGUUAUCCCAAGUGCUCAGCCACUCAGUCAAUCUAGUGAUGAGGGCAUGGCAGAGCUAAUUGGAGGAGCUUCCUCUCACGGUAUUUCGUCAGAUGAUAGGGGCAGAGUGUGUAGCGAAGUGACAGUGGAGAGUGUUGUGCCGUUCGUUGAGAGUGCAGCUCCACAGCUUUUGGGCCACCAUUCUAAACCUGAUCCUGAACCACUCUACAACAGAGUUCCAUCUGUUAAUAGGUCAAUGACACUGGAAGACUGUGCUCGCUACAUCUCUACUGAUACAUUGGACAGAACAGUCUACGACCUAGACUCCCUGGCUAGGUCUUCUGGUGGAUGUGGGGAAAGUGUCUCCAUUUCUCAGGGGAGGAAGUGAGGAAGGUUUUAGUGAAGGUUCUCAGCUGCCCAGAAGGGCAAGUGGGUUGAAGGAUUGUGAUGGAGGGAGUGGUGAGACGGAUGGGUGGUGUGGUAGUGAUGGGUUUGGAGACAAGUGUGGUGUGCUUGAAGGGUGUGAUGGUGGUGAGUUUGGUGGGGAAACUGAGGAGCUCGG